GCAUAAUGGGAGGGUUUGGUGUCAUAGUAGAAUACUCUAGCCAGGAGGACAAUUCUAAAGAAAGCCUUAGCUGCUCUGGGAUUUACAUGGGAAAUGGUAUAAUCCUUACUCAUGGCACAAGUGUAAUUGAUGUUUUGAUGAAUAAAAAAGCCAAGCCACUUGUUCAGGAACUUGUAUCAAAAGGCUGUGUAUACACUAGAAAAAGAGGAGAUUUAUUGAGCUCAGUCCUUCAAGCUACUAGAUCCCAUUUCCAAGUUUUCUUACCUGGAGAACAUUUUAAUUCGGCAUUUGAUUCUGCUCAAGAUAACGGGUGGUCUUUUAAGAAGCUAUUGAAAUCUAAGAGCGGUGAUAAUGAACUUAAAAGAGAAAAUGCAAGUUCUCCAUUUCCAAUUGGAGAAGAAAAUAAGACGCCCCUUUAUGAUGGUGCAAGUUUUCAAGUCUCCGCUUCACUAAAGAUGUCAUACUCCGACCACUUCUCUCUCCCAGCCAGCGUUGAUAUGAUAUUUGUUCAGCCAGGCAUAAAAGAAAGUCUUGCAAGGAUAAUGCCAGCUUCUCAAGGAUGGAAGCUGAUAGAGAAUGAGAAGAAGGAAUAUGUUAGUGCUCUUGAGAGACUUAUCUUCUCCACUUUUGUGGUCCUGCAGUUGUUGCCAGAUGAUGAUAAGAGAAAUGACCUGGUCAUGAAGGCUUCCAAUGAAGAGGUUAUUAAUCUUGCUAAAAGAAUGCUCUCUCUCUCAAAUUUUAGUAGUAAAGGUAUGACUGUGUAUGUAGAGAGCUCUCCUUUUGGCUCUCUGGUGCCUGGUGUGUUCCUCAACUCUCUUAGUAGUGGUAUCAUCAGUAAUGUCGGCAACACUGCUCGAGAUAUUAUGUUGACCGAUGCCAGGUGCAUCAUGGGUUCAGAGGGAGCUCCAGUUUUUGCAGUAAUAGACGGAAUGAAACAUCUUUGUGGAAUAGUCAUCUCACCCUUCUGUUGGCGAGGAGGCGAGUGGCUUGGACUCACUCUGGCAUCAAUAAACCAAAUCCUGCAGACUCUACUGUUCUUCCUAAACUCUAGAGAGGACACUCAAGAUGAAGAGGUUAGACAGUUUGACAGUCGAGACAAGGCUAUGGGGAUUAAGAAUCUGGAGCACUUGGUUAAGAGCACAUUGCCUCGGGAGAGAAAACUUCACGAAGAUAUUGUAAUCAGUCACCAAGACAAGUGGAAGUACAGCCAUUGUAUUCCAAGGAAGGAAUUCCUGAAACCAGAAUAUGCUAACUAUUUGGAUAGAAGUGUUGUAGCUGUGUGCUGUGGUGGAGGGUAUGGCAGUGGCAUUGUGGUGAAUACUUCCCCCGGCGUCAUCCUCACGUGUGCUCACGUUACCCAUCCAGCCACCAAGGGAGAUGUCAGAGUGAUUUUGUCAGAUGGCAGAAGUUUACAAGGACAAGUAGUUCAUCAGACUCGGCCAAGCACAUUAAAUAAACAAAGUGGCCAAGGGAACCAGGAUUGCAGUGUGUGGGAUGUGGCCGUCGUCGUCACUACCAGCCCUCUGCCUUCUGCUCUCCCAUUGGCUUCUGACUUGCCACCCAAAGGUUUGCCGGUUAUUGUAGCUGGUUAUGGAGUUUUCUCUCCCAAUUGUCUGCCUACGCCAACCUUGUCUCAAGGUGUUGUAUCAAAAGUGAUCAGUUUUGCAGCCCAUACACUUCACUGGCCCUCACACCCGGUCUCUAGAGAAGACAGUCAGUUGUGUAUAAAUACCAUUGAGAAACAUGGUAGUAUUGUGGGUAGUAGCACUACUGAUGUUUUGAAGCAGAGAGAUGUUCUUAUGAAGCAAAGUGUAGACUCAAGUUUAACAUCUAGAUGUGUAGAUCAUAAACUUACCGAGUCUGAAAGAAAUACCGAUGGCAGUAUGUUUGUGACGAGUGAUCCGAAGAGUAUGGUGCCGGUGAUAAUGCAGACGACGUGUGCGGUCUAUGCCGGCACAAGCGGUGGACCUGUUGUGUCAGUUCAUCCUCAGCAUGGGUUGCAAGUGAUUGGCAUUGUUGUUUGCAACACAAAAGAUACCGCCAACAAAGCCACUUUUCCGCACAUUAACCUGGCAAUUCCUGUCCCAGCCAUCAUUAAAAUCAUCGAGGCAUUUAUAUCAUCUGGGGACAAGAUGGUGUUGCGGUACCUGGAUGCUGAGUGUGCUGCCGCAUCGCAACUUUGGUCACUGGGAAUCACACCUCAGUCACGCUUGUGAACGUGUCGAUUCUUUCUUUAUUAAUUGAAUUCUUUGGACGUAUUUUUGGAAUAUAGUUCAUUGUGUCAGGGGAUAGGCAGUCAGUGUGUAUAUAUAUAUAUAUAUAUAUAUAUAUAUACAUUUUAGGCCUAUAUUGAGGUUCGACCCUGGGGUUUAAUUGGAGAUUAAAUGAAUGCUUGGUAGUCGGUGUGAUA